UUAAGAUCUCGCGAGAAGAGUGGGCUCUUGUGGGCUUUGGUGUUUUUGACAUUUGCCAGGUCUUGUUUCGGUGGCGGAAUAUUUGGCCGGGUAUCUUUUUCGGCUGCUGUUCACGGUGUUCGUAUAGCAGUGUUCCUUCUGUAUUGGUGGUUCCGACCUUAAAAUAGCAAAGUCAGCAUCUUGCCAUGGCAGCAGACCCCAAAUACGCCAACCUGCCAGGCAUCGCCACGAAUGAACCUGAUGUAUAUGAGACUAGUGACUUGCCUGAAGAUGAACAAGUGGAAUUUGAUGCAUUUGCACAAGAGCUGGAGGAACUGACAAGUGCCAGUGUGGAACAUCUCAUUGUGAAUCCCAAUGCUGCUUUUGACAAGUUUAAGGAUAAGAGAGUGGGAACGAAAGGGCUAGACUUUUCUGAUCGAAUUAGUAAAGGGAGGAGAACUGGGUAUGAAUCUGGAGAUUAUGAAAUACUGGCAGAUGGAUGUGGUGUAAAAGAAACACCCCAGCAGAAAUACCAUCGCCUACUGCAUGAGAUGCAAGAACUUACUGAAGAAGUUGAGCAGAUAAAGACAGCUGUUAAGGAGUCAACUCUUGAGGAGAAGCUGACACCUGCAGUCCUUGCAAAACAGGUGAUCGAAUUGAAACAGCAACUGGUAUCAUCUCAUUUGGAGAAACUUUUAGGUCCCAGUGCUGCUGUCAACCUAACUGAUCCAGAUGGAGCACUUGCAAACCGACUCCAAAUCCAGCUCCAGACAAGUGGAGUACCUCAGGGUUCACAGGGAGGUAAAAUCUCGGCCGGACUUCCUCCAGAUUCUUCCUGUGCUGUCCAAAGAUGCCUUGUUAUCCACUCUAGACCUCAAAGAGACAAGUUAAGCAGAGCAGCAAAGGUACAAGUUGAGGAGGAGUUGACACAGGAGGAGUCGAAAAUAAAGGUGUGAGAGGAUGCCCAGAAUCCUCUUACUUUGGGACUGCAAGGAUCCAAUCUUAUGGAAACUGUUGAGAUGCUUCAGACCAAAGUGAGUACCCUGGAUGCAGCUACAUUGGAUCAAGUAGAGGCAAGACUACAGAGUGUCCUUGGAAAGUUGAAUGAAAUUGCCAAGCAUAAAACUGCAGUUGAAGAAGCAGAGACACAGAGUAAGGUCUCGCAGCUUUAUGAAGUGGUACAGAAGUGGGAUUCCAUGGCAGCAACUCUUCCCCAAGUUGUACAAAGACUGGUUGUGCUCAAGGAGCUGCAUGAACAAGCUAUGCAUUUUGGACAGCUGUUAACCCAUUUAGACACAACACAACAGAUGAUUGCAAAUUCCCUAAAGGACAACACAGCAUUGCUGUCACAGGUUCAGAAAACCAUGAAGGAGAACCUUGCUGCUGUAGAAGACAACUUUGCUAACAUAGAAAGUAGAUUUAAAAAGCUAUCUGCAUAGACUGACCAUCUGAAAGCAAGAGUAAUGAUUAAAUUGCAACCAAACUUGAAGGGUCACCAAAUACUGCUGCACCCGUACUCAUGUUUCCUAAAUUUAAACAAAUAUUGUAAUUAAAAAUGUAUAAAUUGCACUAUGGAAUUUUUGUUUUUCCCCUUUAUUUAUCUUGUAAUUAAUGCAACGUAUACUUCACUGGCAGACUUUAAAGAGCACAGAGCUUCUCUGUGUAGUAUGAUAGAAACGUGUACAUAAAGGUACAUUUGUAUUUCUUAAGCAGUUAUUUAUGUUAAUAUAUGUAAGUAACACAGUU